AUGUACCAGAUGUUUCCAUGGGACUUCAUUGGGUUUGGAGCUGGUGGUGGUGGAUUGAUCAUGGGACUACCUGGACCGCCACCUUUACCGAUGCCGGCACCUCCACCACCUCCUCCUUCACCAGAUAGUGCUCGACCCGCUGAGAUUCAGAUACGAUCGCAGUUUCCGGAAACUUGGCUUUGGGCAAUGGUGGAUGCCGAGUGA